GGUACUGCUGAGGCGCGUGGACGCACGAGGGAGUGAAAGUUGGUGCUCAACUUCGCAUUUGGAAACAUAUUUUUUCCACCUUUACAUGCCCCGGCUUUGCUUAUUGUAUUAUAUCCUGCAAAGCGUAUAAUCGUACAACUUAAACGGCGAAAAAGACCGGACGGCGCGUUUUUUCGUUAUACGGAAAAAGACAGAAGAACUUUGCACCGUUCAUUUGGAAAUCUAAAUCUGCGGGUAGUCACUCGGGAAGAGGGAGGAAUCGGGAUUGGGACAGUAAAUGGCUAAGUAACCAUGCAUUUUUCAUGCGAGAUUACGCGCUGUCCGUUUUACUGAACAUUUCGGGUACUUUUAUACAGCGUCCCACUUCAGGUGGGCUCGUUUAUUGGACUACAAUAACAUACGGUGCUGCUGAAAUAUAAUCGUAGCCGUAUAUUUUUUUCGGUCUCCUUUAUUUAUCCACGUUACUGAAAAAAGAGAGGGCAGAUGGAAUCGUAUCAAAAUAAGGAGCCGCAGAAAUAGGUGCAACAUUUUAAUCUUCCACCAGUACGUUUAUUGCUGCCCGAGUGCUGUUUUUUAAUUUAUGCAAUCUUUGGAUGAUAUUUUAUUCAAGACCAUAUUCUGCCUUUUUUUGUGAUGUGUCUUCAGAAUUACUGCAUCGAAGUCAUCUAUUAUUUUGCUAUAGUGUUUUGUAGGCAGUUCGAAAAUCUGUGAAAGAAGUUUCAUACUUCGUGAUUUCCAGUGUUCUGGGGCCACUUUCGUCUGUCACCGAUGUGGGCAGCACGGUCAGUAGGCAGACGGCCUAGCUGACAGUGUUUCAAAUAACAUUAAAACCACAUCUUACAUAUGUCCAAAGGAUUCUCAGUAUUUGUCGGAGUUUUACUUAUCAACAUGGAACAUGUGUCCCGCGUUGCCUUCGCCAAGCUAUGGAUCGGACUGAUGGUCUCUCUCUGUCUCUGCUCAGCCAAAGAAGAGGUGCUGAUGAACACAAAACUGGAAACCUCUGAUCUGAAGUGGACUGCCUUCCCCAGGGAAAACUCAGAGUGGGAAGAGAUGAGUGGCCAGGACGACGAGCAGAACAGCGUACGCACCUUCCAGUUCUGCCCGGCCAACAGGAGCCGCAGCCACUGGCUGCGCAGCACGCUAAUCGAGCGGCGAGGUGCCACGCAGGUGUACGUCGAGCUGCGCUUCACCAUGAUGGAAUGCGCCUCGCUGCCCAUGCCGCCCCACGGCUGCAAGGAGACCUUCAACCUCUACUACUACCAGGCAGACACGGAUGAGGCCACAGCCACCUACCCUCCCUGGAUGGAGAACCCCUACAUCAAGGUGGACACAGUGGCAGCAGAUUUCUUGCUCCGGAAGGAUGGGGAACGCAAGUCGAACCUGAAGACGCUGCGCUUGGGCCCGCUGAUGAAGCAGGGCUUUUACCUCGCCUUCCAAGCUCAGGGUGCCUGCAUGGGCCUGCUGUCAGUGCGCGUCUUCUUCAAGAAGUGCCCGGCUCUCACGCGCAACUUCGUCCACUUCCCUGACACCGUGCCCCACUCCCUAGUGCAGCAGGCGCAGGGCCAAUGCGUGGACAACGCCAUCCAGCAGGGGGCAACGCUGCACAUGUUCUGCGGCGAGGACGGGCAGUGGGUGGGGCAGCCCAGUGGCGCCUGCGCCUGCCGUGCCGGGUUCGAGCCCCUGGGCGCCGAGUCCCGUUGCCAAGCCUGCCUGCCUGGUUACUUCAAGAUGUCCCUGGGUGCUGAUCAGUGCAGACGGUGUCCAGAUUUCAGCAACUCCAUCAGCAGUGGCUCCGCUGUCUGCCCUUGUCGCCCCACUCACUUCCGGGCCAAAUCGGACCUCCCAGACGCGCCAUGCACUACCCCACCCUCGGCACCCCGCAGUGUCGUGCCCCUGAUCAGUGACACAUCUGUCACACUGGAGUGGAGUGAGCCACUGGAACGCGGCGGUCGCCAUGAUCUGACUUACACUCUGCAGUGCCGGCGCUGCAUCUCCAGUGAGCGCUGCGUGUCCUGCUCCGACAGCGUGAGCUACCGACCCUCCCAGCAUGGACUUACCCAGCGACAGGCGGUGGUCUGGGGCCUGGAACCCUACACCACCUACAGCUUCUCGAUCCAGGCCUUCAACGGCGUGUCCCAGUUCAGCAGCAUGGAACCGGCCAGCGAGAGCAUCAACAUCACCACCAGCAACAACGUUCCGGUGCUAGUGUCGGGAAUCAGAAGGAGCCAAGCCACAGAGAACAGUGUGACCCUGCAGUGGUCCAUCCCUGUGGAGCCCCAGUACAGCAUCCUGGAAUACCAGCUGCGUUACUGUCAGAAGGAGAAACAGGACGACAGUAUCAGCUGGCAGUACAAGGGGAGCAAGACCAACCACGUGGUGCUGGGGGACCUUCGUAGGGGCACCCAGUAUGAAGUUCAGGUCCGCGCUCGCACAACGGCUGGCUACAGUAACUUCAGCCCAUCCUCCACCUUCCGUACCCUGCCUGAUGGAGAAGAGUCCCACUCCCACCUUAUGGUUACUGGGGUCCUGGUGGGUGCUGCCACAUUACUCCUCAUCAUUGUCAUUGCCAUUGCCGUCUUCUGCUUACGGAAACAAACGAGGACGAAGGACCCAGAGUUGAGUGACAAGAAUGGACAGUACCUCAUUGGUCAGGGAAUCAAGGUGUACAUCGACCCCUUCACCUACGAGGACCCCAACGAGGCCGUCCGGGAGUUCGCCAAGGAGAUCGACGUGUCCUUCGUGAAGAUCGAGGAGGUCAUCGGUGCGGGGGAAUUCGGCGAGGUGUGCCGUGGCCGACUGAAGGUCCCCGGGAAGAAGGAGAACUACGUGGCUAUCAAGACCCUGAAGGGUGGCUACACGGACAAGCAGAGGCGGGACUUCCUGAGCGAGGCCAGCAUUAUGGGCCAGUUCCAGCAUCCCAACAUCAUCCACCUGGAGGGCGUCAUCACCGCCAGCUGCCCCGUCAUGAUCCUCACUGAGUACAUGGAGAACGGCGCCCUGGACUCCUUCCUCAGGCAAAACGAUGGGCAGUUCACCCCCAUCCAGCUGGUGGGCAUGCUCCGGGGUAUUGCAUCAGGUAUGAAGUACCUGUCAGAGAUGAGCUACGUUCACCGAGACCUUGCUGCCCGCAACAUCCUGGUCAAUAGCAACCUCGUGUGCAAGGUGUCCGACUUUGGCCUGUCACGCUUCCUGCAGGAGAACUCCUCUGACCCGACGUACACCAGCUCCCUGGGAGGGAAGAUCCCUAUCCGCUGGACAGCCCCGGAGGCUAUUGCCUUCCGCAAGUUCACCUCGGCCUCAGAUGUCUGGAGCUAUGGCAUUGUCAUGUGGGAAGUCAUGUCCUUCGGAGAGAGGCCCUACUGGGAUAUGAGCAACCAGGAUGUGAUCAACGCCAUCGAGCAAGACUACCGGCUGCCCCCGCCGCCCGACUGCCCCACCUCUCUGCACCAGCUGAUGCUGGACUGCUGGCAGAAGGACCGGGCAGCGCGACCCCGCUUCAGUACCAUCGUCAGCGCCCUGGACAAGCUGAUCCGCAACCCGGCCUCACUCAAGAUCGUCUCCCGGGAAGGAGGAGGGCCGUCCCAUCCCCUGCUGGACCAGCGCACCCCCCCUCCGCUAUCCGCCUGCGGCUCGGUGGGAGAGUGGCUCAGGGCCAUCAAGAUGGAGCGAUACGAAGACAGCUUCCUCCAGGCUGGCUUCACCAGCUUCGAGCUUAUCUCACAGAUCUCAACAGAGGACCUCCUGCGCAUUGGGGUCACACUCGCAGGACACCAGAAGAAGAUCCUCUCCAGCAUCCAGACCCUGCGGGUACACAAGAGCCCCAUCACUAUGUCUAUGCAGUACUGACUCCUUCCUGAACUGUGACGCGCGCCUGCCUUUAACCCAGAGGAGCCAUCAGACACCCCACAGGUGCUCAUCAAACACGCGACCCUCGUUCGACUACAAAUCGACAAGCGAAACAAGCGAAACAAAAAAAAAACAGCAUUCGUUCAACCCAAGGUGAUUUGUUGCCAAAAGCUGGUCGUCUGCAGGUUGUUUAGCAUUAGCUUAUUAGAGAGAGCUGUUCAUUGAGUCGCCAAGCUGCCCUGCUCCUCGAUGCUGCCUUGGGGGGGAAGACAAAGGAAUGGCGCCGUCUUCCUCCUCCUCCUCUUCGACCCGCACUCGUCGGCGUUCGGACUGACGAAGGGGCGGGUGCAGGGGAGUGGAUUCUGACAGUGCCUGGUUCAGAUUACGGUUCCCUCUGAAAAAUCGACGCCAACGAAAAUAGAAGGGGGAUCUUUAGCACGGAGUGUUUUAAUCACUUUGUCAUUUUUAAGCCUGUGAAAGUCAAAGCAGAACGGGAGAAGCUGUAUAAAUGAUUCCUACGGAAGGUCCUUUGGUAUUUAUGAAGACAGCAGUGUUUCAAUGGACUUCUCUCAAUGGGCCAACUGUUGUAUGCUUGAUACAGAUAUCCCGUUUUCCCCUAGAGCCAUCCUAUGCCUGAAUUGAUCAACAUAAUCCCUCACAUGGUCUUAUUCUUUAACUAAAGCUAUUUUAACAAAUCUGACUUCACAGGUUGAAAAGAGGGCUGAUUCAAAAUCGGCACUUUUAGCUUAGAAAUGGUGGUAUUCUAUAAUUUUUUUUUAAGUAUCUGGACAUGGUUUUUUUUGGAUGUUUUCAUUUCUGCCUUUUCUCUUGGCGGACUGGAUGCAAGGAGAGACUGAUAAACCCGCUGUCCAAUUCUUCAUGGAACAUGGAGUUCAAUCAAAAUGAGCAAUAAAUUGUGGGUGGUUUUUAUAGUGACUGUGAAGAUCAAGAUAAUUGUUAUGCUGAGUGGCCAUGGAUGGUGCUGAAUUUUGCCUCCGUCUGGUCCACAGGUGAUAGUUAGUCUUACCUCCUCCCCCCAAAAAUGUGACACAUGCCCCCCCCCCCCCCCACCUAGGACCAGGGACCCAACCCUGACUCAGCAUCUCUCCUCACUGCUGUGGACAGUAAUAUACUGGCCACUGGGAAUCCUGAACGUUCACAUCUGGUCUUCACAUUGAAGACCUGCUAUUGUCAUAUACCAAUGAUUUUUUUUUCUAUUAUUGAUUUGCCUUUUUUAUGUACUGUUGUAUUUCUUAUAUACAUAUAUAUGCAGAUAUACACACAGUGACCUCCAUUUGAAUUAUGCCCUUUAUUCAUUAGCAGAAAUAUUUAUUCUGUUUAUGCCCCAAACAUAACUAUUUAACAGUUAAUUUAAAAUGUGUGCAAAGCUGUUUAUUUUUGCAGAAAUAAUAUUUAAAUUUUUAUAUAAUUGCAUGUGUCAGAGCAGCUCUGGAAAAUACAGGAGUUAGUCCAGACCUCUCUGUGUUUAUCAGAAAAGCAUGACGGCUGCGUUUGCCCCCCCGCCCGCCACUGACCCCACCUGGUGUUUGUUCUGCACCGCGGCCGCCGCCCCCCAGGAGAGGAGGCACUCUUCGUGAGGUUUUGGCUUCCCCUUGCACGGGGGUCCGACCACUGGGCUCGGUAGAGUUCUCCCGGGGCUUCCGAAUGUGGGCGGACAGGAUCCCCUCACGUGUUUGAAAGCCCUGGGACUGUGCAGCGGGGGCCUGUAGCCACAUCGACUGCUCCAGCAAUGUUUACUUAAACGCUCCCUGAACUGGCUGCGUCCAGACUUGAGGUUCAGGUUAUUUAGGCCUUUCUCAGAAAAGACAAAACAAGAAGUCAGAAACAUCCACCCCUGUCCCCCGGACUUUUCUUGUCCAUAAACUUACUUUUAAGCACAUCACUGUUCAGUCAACCCCAUUUUCACAAAGAUAUACAUGCACUUUUAGAUAAUACAACAGGUCAUGUUUAUACAUACAUAGUUAUGGCAUUGUAACUAAUCUUUUUUAACUUAAAAAUGUGCCAACAGAGAUCCACUGGGGGAAAAAAAAAUCAUUCAAAUUACGCUGAUUGGGAUGGUGAAGUAAUUUUUUGGCAGGAUGACAAACACAACACUCACAGUACACUCAUGCUAUUUGUCCGUUCAUCUCUUAUAGUUAAGGUGAAUGUGGAAGUCACUGUGUAUAUAUGAAUAUAUAUGUGUAUGUAUGACAGGAUGCUGGGAGGUGGAAUCUCUUCGCACAGUGUAAUCUGUGUCCAGUCACAAUAAAGAUUCUCAGCACUGAUAUAUCCCA